AUGGGCAUGAUGUGUAAAGAUGGUGAUGGAGAAUUUAUUAGAUUGGAUUCCGAAGACGUCCUGAAAACGCCAUCACCGGCUCCGGUCAACAGAGAUCUUCACUUCGGCUCAAUUUACCCUCUCCACAUCUAUCGGCCUUCGCAAGCGCAGCAUAGCGCAAGGGGUGGCUACCACUACCCGUCGAAGAACCUGCUCGAGCAUGACAGCUCCACGUGCGACGAUUGGCGAGAUUAUUCCCACCGCGAUGGCAUGGCCAUCACCAAGAACGUGGUCACUCCCGAGAAGGCCGAGCACUACCACCAAGAGCACCUGGAUCUAGGACCAUCUGCCCGUCAGCUUCAAGGGCAGCAAAUAUUCUCCGACCACUAG